AGAUAGGAAGGGAUGCUAAGGAACCUGGUCAAGUACCACCAUCUAGUGGACAAAUGUGAUAACAGACCAGAAACUUCCUGAAUUCUCCGCCUCUCCUCCUGUCAGAGUAUAAAGCUGGGACAGAGUCACUGCUGAGACAGAAAGAUACACAGAAGAGAAAAGACAAUUCAACCAGCUUUCAUCUGCCAACAAAAAGACUCAAGACUUGAAACUCUGAAAAUGCUGUGCUCUCGAGGUCUUCACUCUGAUCUCAGUCCAUCCAUGUUCUUCUUCUCACCUGUACGCAGUCUGUGGCCAGAGGUCAGACCUCUGUUCUACCAGCGGGAUCUUUUGCAGAGGAACCUGCAGGAGCUGCGCAGCAGUCUGGAGCUGAUGGACAAAUUUCAAGACAAGAUCCUGGAGGAGACGGAGCCUUUCCAGAGCAGUGUGACCCUGCAACCAGUGAGCUUCCAGCUGGACAAAGAUGGACAGAACUUUGGCCUGACCCUGGACACUCGAGGCUUUUCUCCAGAGGAGCUGUCUGUCAGGCAGGUGGGCAGAAAGCUGAGAGUCAGCGGGAAGACAGAGAAGAAACAGGAGGACGGGAAAGGCUCCUACUCUUACAGACUCCAGGAGUUCAGACAAGAGUUGGAUCUGCCUGAAGGCCUGAACCCUGAAGCCGUCACCUGCUGCCUGUCUCCAGACGGAAAGCUCCACAUCCAGGCCGCCAAAGAGGAGGCUGACAGAGAACUGACCAUCAAGAGGAGCUCGGAGGAGGAACCACAGCAGAGAGAGAGUUCACAGAAACAAGAUAGCAAAGUGCAGACUCCCAAUACAUCAUAGAACAAACAGGAGAACCUGGACUUAAACUCUACAUGUGCAUAUCUGAUCAUUUCUUAUUAAUGGUAUUUAAGCUAAUUUAGCUCAUUUUGAUUUUAAACACGUCUUCAUUUUUAAACGUAUUAGCUAGUUCUGACUGUGAAUAAACGAUUAAAUGCAACAAGAUGACAUGAAUGUAGUAAAGGGACUUUUUUAUUUUGUUAUAUCUUUGUUUGAUGAAAGAGGAAUAAAUAAAUGUUUCAUGUUGAAAUGACUGCAUUUGUUGAGUCUUUAUUUGAAUGUUUCAUUAUUUAUUAAUCCAAACAAAUUUAUCUGAAAAUCACCAA